AUGGGUUCAUACAGAAAAAAAACCAUCGAAUCUUUAAUUGUUAAUUACUGGAACAGAAAGACAAUUUCUAAAAACACAGGUAAAGAAAGCUCAAUCAGUCAAGCAGUAAGAAAAAAGACGGAAGCCGAAGAAAAGGACUUUGGGAAAUUAACCAAAUCUCCCGAAAUAAUGAGAUUCUGGGAAAGUAAAAAAGCAGAGUCUUAUAGAAAGACUUUAGAUGGACAUACGCAAAAGGAAAAGACUGAUAACAAUGACUCCACGAAUAAUCAAGCAUUUACUCCAAAAGGCGACAUCCCAUUUGUUGAAAGGAUGCCAUAUAUCGAACCAAAUGUUGAAUUUUAUCUAGUGGUACAGAUUCCCGUCUACUGGGGAAUCCUCGAUUUGACAGGAUCUCACCAAGAAACCAAGCGACUUUUUUCUACAGACGACUGGACCGAAAUGAUAAUAAACAAUAAUGAAAGGAGUGAAGAUAUUAUCACAGAAAUUGAAGGAGAAAUUUGUUCUUGGGCUUCAUCUCAACGACGUAAUGAAGGUCGUUCAAUAACUCUUCGUGCCCGAGUUGAACAAAAAUGUGAUUUCCGAGAAACAUUAAAAAAUAGUAUAAACAAAUUAGAAGCAUUAAUAGGCCUCCGAAGUGGCGGUCUUCCUGAAGCUCACCGAAAAAAAAUUUUUUUAGAUGCUCUCGACUUGUCAAUUACGAUGAGGCAUACCCUCUAUGCGUUUUUUAAUUAUAAUUCAAAUGCUCUCGAUGAAGAUUCACAUAAGGUGUUUGUUCUUGAAGUCCAAUCAUGGGAUCGUUGCUAUGGACUGCAAAGGAAUCGAUAUGGAAAGUUAUCUACAACUGUUUUGCCCAAUUCUACAAAAACACUUGCAUGUCUUGAAAAGUUCUUUAUUGAAAUGGAAAAAGUAAAGCGGAAAUCAAGUGAACAAGAAAAGGGCAAAGAAAACAUUCACAGUCAUGCGGAGGUUGGGGUUGUUUUGGCGAAAUUACCAAUACUCCUUUCAAAAGACGGGUUCGAGAAUUUAAGCUUGAUUGAG